UGCGAAUCUGCUGCAGUGUAAUCGUGUGAUUGGGCCUUUUAGAAAGCAGUGCAGUCCCGUUUCAUUCACUGUGUAACUGUAUUCCGCUUAGUGUCAUCAUGGCCACAUCAGCACUGAAAAUGCACCGCGUUGUAAUAAGUGUCCUUUACAGUGCAUUUCUCUUUAGUGUAACGUUGUGCGAUAAUGACACAGACGAGGAUGAGCACACCGAGCACACUUACACAGUGGAGAUGUUUAACGACGCUAUUCCGACCGCUCCACACUUCGUCAUGUUCUUCGCACCUUGGUGUGGUCAUUGUCAGAGGCUGCAAGGGACCUGGAAUGAGCUGGCAGAGAAAUACAACAACAUGGAAUCUCCCCCUAUCUAUGUGGUUAAAGUAGACUGCACAAAGGACACAAAGUUUUGCUCCAGCACCCAUGGGAUUCGAGGAUAUCCCACUUUGAAGCUAUUUAAACCUGAGCAGGAAGCAGUGAAGUAUCAGGGGCCAAGAGACCUGCAUUCUCUCGAGACCUGGAUGCUGAAAACACUUCAGGAGGAGGAAAUGGUGCCACAGAGUGAGCCUGAGGAUCCCAAAGUGCCAGAGUCCCUGCAGGGCAUGUAUGAGCUUACUGCCUCCAAUUUCAAAUCGCAUAUCUCCAAAGGCUCUCACUUUGUGAAGUUCUUUGCACCAUGGUGUGGUCAUUGCAAAGCUAUGGCUCCCACAUGGGAGCAGCUUGCCACCAGUUUCGAACACUCAGAGUUGGUCAAGAUUGGCAAGUUAGACUGUACUCAGCAUUAUGAGAUCUGUUCAGAGAACCAGGUGCGAGGCUACCCCACAUUGCUGUUCUUUACCGAUGGAGAAAAGAUAGAUCAGUACAGGGGAAAACGUGAUCUGGAGUCCUUUAAAGAAUUUGUGGAUAAUCACUUGGCAGCUGCCUCUUUAAAAGAUGAGGCUGCUGCCGAGGAUGCAAAAAGCAAUGAAGUGCUACAGAACACGGAUUCUGUUAAAGAGGAGUCCACGGUCAAAAUCCUCACUGAAAGCAACUUUGACGAGUCUAUUGCUAAAGGAAUUGCCUUCAUCAAGUUUUAUGCUCCAUGGUGUGGCCACUGCAAGAACCUGGCUCCUGUUUGGGAGGACCUGUCUAAGAAGGACUUUCCUGGCCUGACUGAUGUCAAGAUUGCAAAAGUGGACUGCACUGUUGAGAGAACACUCUGCAACAGGUUUUCAGUGAACGGAUACCCGACACUGCUGAUAUUCCGAGGAGGGCAGUUGGUUGAAGAGUAUAACAGUGUACGUGACUUGGAGAGCUUGCACAGCUUUGUCAUGAAGCAAGCCAGAGAUGAGCUGUAGCUCUACCUCAUUACUCACAAAACCUGUAGUUAUACUUGACCUUGUUCUGUUUUUUUUUUUUUUCCUCCCAGCUAGGCAGCACUUAUUUCCAUAAAUGAAAACAUCUUCCUUUAGAAAUAUACAAGCUUUCCAUUCUUGCCUAUUUUUUUACGAGAGCAGUUACUAUAACUUUUAUUAUUAAAUGAAAUUUGAAUGUAUUUGAGUUCAGCUAUGUCUCUUUCAAUGGAUGGAAAAGGUACUUCUGACAACCACUUUUCCAGUAAUGGAGAUACCUCUUCUUUUUCCGUAAACUAUCUGUUCAACAUUGUUAUAGUCUGGCAUAUUGGGCCAGCAGUACAGUUUGUAACUUGUAAGAAACUGUAACUUGGCUCUCAGGGAGAACUUUUUGUUUUAAAUAUAAUGAGUUGUUCCUUCAUUUUGCCUUGUUUCUUACCCUUUUCACCUCUGGUUCCUACUUUAUGCUUGAAAUGUGUUGACUUCUUGAUACUUAAACUCCCUUUGUGUUUUAUCAGGUUUCCCUGUGGGAAAACUCAAACUUUAAAACCAUCUUCAGUCAUCACUGACCUAUAUUUUCCCCAGUUAAUUAUCACACCCUUUUAGAGAUAGUACACCGUGAUUAGUACAGGAAAAACACAAGGCUUCUGGGAGUCCUGGAGAAUCACUGGUGGUUUUAGGGAGAUAUCUGAAAUUGUAUUUUUUUUGCAGAAGAAGCCUUUGUCUUCAUUCCUUUUAAAUACUUGAUUAGAAAAUGUAACCUUUGAUCCCAGAAUUGGCAUCAUGAUAUGACACUUGCAAAUCAAAAUGGUAAAACGUCAAUUUUAUCACUACUUAUAAGUUUAAAAGAGCAGUGCAAUUUUGUAUAUGUAUGAUUACUCGCUCAUACAUGUUACUGGGUUUCUACUACCGGUACACCUGUUUCUAUACCUGUAAGAUAAAUGAAAGAAAAACGCAUCCAUCUAGAAAGUGGUACGGUAAAUACAGAAGCAGACCAGUAUCUUUCACUACAAAAUGAUUUUGUACAAAACCAUUUUAAAACUUGUACUACAAAUGUCAUUAAAUUUUUUUAAAAUCCAAAAA